CACACAAGACGCCACAUGACGCCACGUUGCUGGCGGCCAAACUUGGCUUCUUUUUGUACACCUGAGAUCGCCCAGUCGUCACGCGGGCAAGAGGUGCUCAAGGCCAACCCAGCACACCGUCGGCACCGCCGCUAUAUAAGCCCGUCCGGGAGUCACGUUGGCAUCAGACGUUGUCUUGCAUCUGACACACACACCAACAUGAGGAUCUUGAGCGUCAUCCUGCUGGCCGUGGUGCUGUUCCUGGGUGUGGUCGCCGCCCGUCCCAAUGAGGUGCUGGACUUCGAAACUGACAACGUGAGCCACGAGCAGCACGGCGUGCCCGGCCAGGCCGUGUACGGCGAGUACGAGGCAAAGGACGCCCACGGCAACUGGUAUGAGGUGAAGUACGUCGCUGACCACCAUGGCUUCCGUACCCUCUAGAUGAUGACGACAGCGACGCCUGCUGAGGGUGGCCGCCGCGACUCGUAAAGCAGGCCUCCGCCAACAACACCGGCGGCGCCGACCUCAUGUUUGCCUUCCCUGCACGCCUUAUACUCCUUGUUUCCACUUGUGAAAAUUUCCUUGAAAAAUACAACUCUCUGUACAUUU